AUGAGAAAUCAUACAUGGAUUGACGAAUUCCAUCGCCAAAGCCGCUGGAAUCGGCGUAUGAAAGUUCUAAGAAAAACAGGCCUUUUCCGAGCUCGUGGUGGUGAUGUGACGGCCUGGGGUGGCGUGGCUUCAGCCCAGACACGUUCGCCGGCUCGUGUUGGUCGUUUUCCGACUGGUCCCACGACCUGGUGUGGCUAG